AUGUAUCAUUGUAUCAAAAACUUUGUAUGCUUCUUGUGCAUACUCGUCAACUGCAAUUUAAAUUUCAUUUUCCGAGAUGGAAAUCCAAAUUUUGUGACUGCAAGUAUCCAUUUUCCUACCCCUCAACUAUCCGUUCUUACUGGUACUAAAUCCCAUGCUUUAUACCUGACGAUUCACUUGGAUCCUGCCGCGUCCCCUCGACGUUGUUACGAAUCAAUUUUAAAAAUCAAGAAAUUUGUUGGUGAAAUCCGUUCCCGUUAUUUGUGUCAAAUGCGAUAUGAAAUUCUAUCCGGUAUCGGUUUCGGGUUCGAUUUUUUCAAGAAAAUCAGUCCUGAUUUCCUUGAUAGAGGAGUUCAAAAUUAUGAGUAUCGUGAAAGAUCCGGAAAGUUUGGUAAAAUGCCUAAAACAGGUGGUGAUAUAUUUGUCCAUGCGAAAUGUGAUGAUCAUGGCAUAUUGUUUGAAUUAGCCAAAUCCAUUAUCGGCAAUAUGCCACCUGAAUGUGUGACGAAAUUUGAAGAUAUUUACGGUUGGACUUAUCGUGAUGAGCGUGAUUUGAGUGGAUUCGUUGAUGGUACAAUGAAUCCAAAAGAUCGAAAUGAACGAGCUGAAGUAGCUAUUAAUAUACGUACCGGUGGAAGUUAUGCUCUAGUCCAGAAAUGGAUACACAAUAUGAAUUUAUUACGAAGAACACCAGAUGAAGUAAAAGAGAAAUGGAUUGGUCGAACUAUUGAGAAUAGUUUUGAAUUACGCAACAAACCAAUCACAUCACAUAUUGCAAGAAUGAUUGGAUCCGCCAUAAGUGGUACAAUACCAAGAUAUCGUUUGGUUCGACAAUCUCAACCUUAUGGUACUUUAUCCGGUGAAAAUGGUCUAUUAUUUAUGGCUUAUGCAUUGAGUACAGAAAAUUUCGAUUAUAUGUUAGAUCGUAUGACUGGUCAUGCUGAUGAUCAUCAAAAUGAUGAUGUCAUGCGAUUUAGUCGUUGUGUUACAGGAAAUUAUUGGUAUUUUCCUAGUCAACCAGAAUUCGAUCAUUUAAUUGGUGUGAAUUUAUAAGAAUAUUUUUUUGGUAUUUUUUUUCCGUGAUAAUCUUAUUUUUCUAAUAAUAUUGACUGAUUUUUUUUAUUUGUUUGUUUUGAAAUGCUUUGUUUUUCUGAAAUUUUUGAAAUAAAUUUCAUUGGAUGUGAUUUA